AGUUCCCGCUGCACCUGCUACAAACUUCCUCUUCUCGAAAAUUUGCCAGCCAGAAAAACAAAACAAACAAAAAAAAAACUUCAGUUUCGAUACCGAAGAAGGAAACUUGACUUUCCCUGUGGUUGUUUUAUGUCGUCAAUGGAGACUUCCACGGAGAAGGCGGCAGCGGCGGCGGCUCAGGCGGACGAGGCGGCCGGCGGCGAGGCCGAGAAGCCGGCGUCCGCGGACUGCGGAGCUAGCCUCUGUCAGUUCGGAGACCCGUCCGGAGAGCCACCGCUCUCUCUGAAUCAGUUUAAAGUCAAGAAGUUCUUCGUUCUCAGGCCCGGCACACUGCACCAAGCCAUCAAAGAGAUUCAAGUUCUAGUGGAUCCACAAGUCGACGGCAACGUUCUCGGCAUCUGGCUUCUGGCAGAGGUGGAUCACUGGAACAACGAAAAGGAGCGCCUGACUCUCAUCACCGACAACUUCCUGCUAGUCUGCAAAUACGACUUUGUCAUGUUCCAGUGCGAGCAGAUCCAGAAGAUCCCGCUCAACAUGGUGGAUCGCAUCUGCUACGGAAGCUUCAGCUUCCCGCCCAAAUCCGUGCUUCACCGAGAUGGCGAAGGCUUGCGCGUGUUCUGGGACCGCCUGAGGGAGCCGUCCUUCGUCUCCUGGUGGAACCCCUUUGCCACCGACCUGCCCUACAUCACCUUCACAGAGCAUCCCGUGAGGAAGCUCAGUGACGCCUUUGCUACCAUUUGCAAUAUGGAGAACUUCCAAGAACAGCUCAAAGAGGCGGCGCAGAAGGCCCACCAGGCCAAGCCGGUCCCCGGGAAGGCCAACGGUGUCCUGCUGCUGAAUCAGAGCAUUAGCAUCAAGGCCUACAUGGGCUUCAUGUCCUUCCUGGGCAACACCAACAAGCUGGGCUACAGCGUGGCCCGCGGAAACAUCGGCUUUUAGGCCUGGCUUUCAUGGUACUUUAAUUAAUGUCCUCAAUUUGCUGCCAUUUUGUUUGGACAGGUGUAGACUAAGGAAUCGAACUAGGAUGGUGACCAAAACAACUCGUCAGUUCCAAACAAUUUUGGCAUGGUUUACUUUAGAAUUAUUACAAAACAAAUGUACUGUGCAGUGAACCCCCACUAUUCGCAGAGGAUAGGAACCAAGCCCUGCCCUGAAUAGCGAAAACCGAAAAAGUAUUGUAAUUGCCUACAGAUGUCUGUAGAUGGCAGUGAUGCGCUACAUGAAGCUCCUCAACUCACUUCAACAUAAUUCCUCGCAACAAGAUGCCACAAGACUGCAGCAAAGCAGUACUUCUAUUUUUGGGCAAAGCAAUACUUUUUUGGGGGGCUUUGGACUGAGCACGAAAAUGGUGAAUAGGUGAGUGGGUUUUUUUUUUUGUGAAUAACAGGAUGGGUUCCCUAAAUAAAUCUGUGAAUAUCUUCCAUUUCUGAGCCGCUUCUCCUCACUAGGGUCGCGGGCGUGCUGGAGCCUAUCCCAGCUGUCAUCGGGCAGGAGGCGGGGUACACCCUGAACUGGUUGCCAGCCAAUCCUGUGAAUAUCUUAAUUACCAAAUUCCAAACUGUGACUAUGCAGGGAUGUGCUAUACAGCAAAACUACUCAUCAAAAAAGAAUUACAAUAAUAAAAUGUAAUGUACUCGCCAAAUAAUGGUUUAGUUCAGAAUGAUAAUAAAAAAUAUAUAAAGUAGAGGAGACCGUUACCCUUUUAGUUUUUGUUACGUUGCGAGACAAAUUGAACCGUUUUAAAGUUGCAAUCUAGAAAAAAAACAUGUUUUAGAAAUAAAAAAAAAAAAUUGGGAUAAAAUUUCUUCUGCUGGUCCUAUUUUUAUUUUUCAUAUAUUUAAAAAAAAAAAACUGACCCAGAGAAGGCCAACUUUAACGCACCUUAGACACUUUUGUUUUGCUUUCUUUGAGUUUCACAUCGACUUUGGGUGACGGCUCUCCCAGCGCUGCUCGCGUCGAGCUUUCUUCCUCUACUGUUGACGCCGCACCGAUAUGCUAAAUUGUCUCUCUGUCGCGCAACGGGACUCCUUGCUUCCUCUCUCGGUGUCUCAGUUAAAAAAGCCGCUCAGCGCCACCGUUCGCAACCUCCUCGGAGAUUCACCCGAAGCAGACCGGAGGGUGCCGCUGUCACUUUAGCUUUAUUUUUAUAAAUAUACAAUUGUUUGUGUAUUUUUACACCGAACUUUUGUGUUUUCACUAGGUGAUGCUGAGUGUGUGUCUGCUGACAGUCAAGGCAGCUGCUGUCCCCGUUAUAGCAAACAAUAAGCUUUUCUCCUGAUCACAAAUAUACUUAUUGUUUGUUGUGUACCUUUACACGGAACUUGCAUGUUUGGCUAGAUGAAGAGAGAGAUAAUGAUGCAUCCACACGGGAAAGUCCCUAGUUUACCAGUUUUUCCUGUGUGAUAUUCAUUUUCUACGUGCAGUGUACAAGGACUUCUGACUCAUGCUGCAGUUACUUUACGUUAAUCACAAACAUACAGUUGUGUAUUUUUACAUGGUACUUGUAAGAUUUGACUGCGUGACGCUCCGUUUCUAUGUGCAGUAUACAAGUUCAUCUAGUUAACGGGGGCAACUGCUUAACGAGCGGACUUAUGAUGCCAAACAUACAAUUGUGUUUUUGUAUAUUUUUCCACAGCGCCUGUGUGUUUUUACUUGGCGACACACCAUUUGUCUUCUGAUUUUCACAGCAGCCGCUGUCGUGCUUUUACAUUUGAACCAUCUCAAUAUCUUGAGCGUAUUGCUUCUUUACAUAUCAUUUGUCUUUUUGUUGAAUGACCUCACUGACUUAUAUUUACACUUAACACUUUUGUUGGUUGUUAAAAUUCUAGUUUUAAAGUAACGUCAAAAUGUACUACUUAAGAGGUUCGAUAUGUUGGGGAUCAAUUCAGGCGUUGUAGUUUACACUGCAAAUCAACAGAGGGCAUCAUAAACAAUUGUUGUUUGGCAUAAUAUGACAAUACAGACCGGCACUAUUGUAACAUCACAUUUCUACUUUGGUUUUAUUUGAUUUUGGGGGAAGGACAAAGCCGGUAUUUUGUUACAGCAAAGCAAAUGUUAAUGGUAUUCGCAGAUCACUAUAUAGAUUAGACAUUUGUUCUUGAUUUUUGCAACUUGAUUUGUUGCUUGACUUUCGCUAACUUAUUGAAUAAUAUAUUGAAUUUAUAUAAGGUUAAAAAAAAAUCCCACUCACCAACAGAAUUAAUUGAUUGUUGCGAUUUUUUUACACGGAACCUGGUUUUUACACGUUGAUGGUCUGUGUAGCCGCUGUCCCACUGAUACUUAACAUUGAGUGGUAUUCUGAUUGCAAACAUACAAUUGUUUGUUGUGCCUCCACCCCACCCACAAACUGUGUUUGGUUUUACAAGGUGAUGUUCUGUUUGUGUCUUCUGACUAACACGGUAGCCUCUGUCCCCUCUGAUAAUUAACACUGGGGCGCCCUAGUAGUCACAAACAUACAAUUGUUUCGUGUGCAUUUUCACACAAAACGUGUCUUUCUGCAAGGUAACACUGUUUUCUGACUAACAUGGUAGUAGUAGGUCCACUUAUAAUAAAUAUUGAGCUGUCUCGUGAGCACAAACAUACAA